AAGUGCAGGAACUUUAAUGGAAAUAUUACGCAAAGAAUAUUUAGUAAUAGAUUUUUUGCAUAGCAAGAAACAUGUUUUGUUUUAUAAAAAUUGAUGACAUAAUCAGGUGCAGAGAAUGAUACCUAACAGAAAUGUAUGCUACUUUGAUAUACAUAGCUUCCUUAUUGAUACCGUAUCCUACAGUUCAACAUUUUGUUUGGCCAUUACAUUGGUGCUUAGUCGCAGAUAUUUGCAAUCACACAUGGAUACCAGAGUGCGGAACAGAAAAUGAAGAGGAUAUAUACAAUAGAAGAUUAUUUAUUGAUGAAUGCGAUAUGUUUGAAUAUAAUUGUGAUUUUGAGAGCGAUUUCUAUGCUAUAAAUUAUUCUGACUGUUUUAAUUUACCAACCACGCGAUGCCCGCCAAUACCCACGUGCCCAUCUAUUCCUACAUGUCCGGAUCACAGAUAUCACAGAAUGGGACAAAAGUAUAAAUUCGCUCCGACGAGAAAACUUGUCAAGAAACCGAGAAGCACAAUUAAACUGUCGUUACCUAUUCACAUGUUGAGAGGAAGGCGGCGAUAUUCGCCAACAUGGAAAAAGAAGAAACGAAAAACGACUAAAGUAACAGUAAAGAUGUCUACGAAUAAAAAUCGAAAAAAAACGAGCGUGGCGAAGGCCAAAACCACCGUUUUAAAAAAAAAAAAAGUUACAAAAAGUGAAUGGAAACUUAAAAAGAUUUUUAAAGGGUUAAUUAAAAAACCAGUGCGGAAUAAGAAACGGGAUGAAUCCAAUGAUUUUUUAGAAUAAUAUAAU